AUGCCUUUGAUUGGCUCUGUCGCCCACCUGCCCCUCGCGGGCUGGCCGGCAGUUGCGCAAGGUGUUGAGAUCCGCCUGAUUGAGCAGGAGAACAACGCGAAGUUCCAGGCCAUGAUGCAGCUGAUCGGCUUCGUUUGCGGGUCCAUCACCAGCUCGCUCUACCCUCACCUCUUCUAUGCCGAGGCGACCACGUACUCCUACAAGGUCUUCCCGUACGCCAUCUCCUCUUUCUUCCUGCUCUUUACGGUGCCGAUCUACAUAUUCUACAACGGCCCCCAGCAGCUCGCCAUGUGCGAGAAGAUCGACCAAGAGGCCGGUUCAGUUGCUAGGGUUUAG